AUGUCCCACCUAACACACAUUAUCUCGACAUUGCUCACAGCAGUAAAAAUUAACUUUCGUACUGAUAUCCAACAACUGAGUACGCGUUAUGGCCGCCGUCGCUCUCGCCUCGCUGAAGUCAGCGAACCCUCAACACCGCACCGCUACGGCGGUUGGCUGCGUCGGCAAACCACCCCAGACCGCGUGCUCAACUCUAUGGCCAAAGGCUACGAUCGGCGUAUGUCGACAAGCCCCGUGCAUACCCGUUGUCUGCACUGGCAAGCGUCCAAGCACGAAAAGGCGUGUCGUUCAUUGUUUGACGCCGCCUGCUGCUUCAGACCCGACGACAUGGUAGCCAGGUUCCGCAUUGUCUGGGCGCACUCGCAGCGGCAGCAGCAGCAGCAUCCCACCAUGAACUUUACUACCCGUACCCUCAUGCUAACCCCGAUCGACCUCACAGGCAGCUUCGGUGAAGCUGAAGUGCACGCCCGCUUUGUGCCCGUCGUACCGUUCGGCCGGUUAGCAUAG